AUGUCCCCUUUUUCUUCAUCGCCACGGACCUACAUUGUGCUGACCUUCGCCCCGAACGAGAAUCCCGAUAAAUGCCGGAUGUUGAUCGAUAUUUACUCAUGUUUUGGAGCGAUAUCACUCACUUGCUCUGAAUGCGUUUUUGUACUCGAAACAUAUGCGCUUUGGAACAACAAUCGAAUCGUACUCGUAGCCACGCUGUCCGCCCUUCUUGCUAUCAUCGUAUCAUUCAUCUGCAUUUGGUUUACAGCUGUUGCCACCUCUCAUGUUACGACUAGCACGAUCCCAGGCACCACAGGCUGCUACCGGAACUCGCGCAGUGUCGAUUUCUCCAUGCCGUUUCUUCUCUUGUUUGUGUUUGCACUGGACAUGCGCUGGCCAACGCUCUCCUCAGGAUUGGUCUCCCUCACACUCAUACGUGUCACACAGAGCUACCGGACAGCCAAGGGCUCUCUGCAAGCCGUCCUGGCGAAGCAUAAUAUAUUCUACUAUACAUGUACCGUGAACGUCCUCAUGCCAAUGCAGUUUUCCCACGUUCGCGCAUACAACUCCGUCUUCGAACAUUUGCAGGUCUUUAUCCUUGCGAUCCUCGCCACGCGCAUGCACCUCCAUCUCUGGCAUAGCGACCGGCACGUGCACGGCUCUGAUACCCUCGUAUAUGUUUCCAAGUCCAACAUGCCACCUACAGACUGUACGGUGUAA